UCACCCACCAACCGAGCAAAACCCAUCCCAGCUCGGCAAGUCUCCAUGCUCCGCCGCAUCGCGGCCCUCCGGCCGCCGCCAUCGCCGCGUGCGGCCACCUAUUCCUCCAAGUCCACCUCCAUCCCUCAGAAGCAGCAGCGCGUCCGCGACCACGCCUUCGACGGCAUCAUGGAGGUCCAGAAGCGCGUCCGCCGCUUCCACGCCCUCCACUCCCUCCUCCUCUACGCCGCCGCCCCGACCGCGGGCUCCCGCGGCGGCGGAAGCGGCGCUGUGUCCGUCCCCUUCACCCACCUCGGCGCCCUCGCGCGCCGCCAGCUCCGCCUCGCGCCCCUCGACGCCGGCCGCUUCCUCUUGCGCCACGCGCACGCCUUCCACCUCUUCCUCCACCCCGUCCACCGCAUGCUCCACGCCCGCCUCACCCCGCGCGCCGCCGCGGCGCUCCGUGCCGAGGCCGAGGCUGUCGCCGCCGCCCUCCCUUCCGCGUCCAUCAUCCGCCUCCGCAAGCUCCUCCUCCUCGCGCCCCCGCGCCGCCGCCUCCGCCUCGAGCACAUCCACCUCCUCCGCCGCGACCUCGGCCUCCCCGAUGAUUUCGCCGAAUCCGUUAUCCAGUCCAACCCCUCCCUCUUCCGCCUCACCCCCGACGGCUUCGUCGAGUUCCUGCCCGUUCCCACAGACCCGCCCGACCUCACCGGCGCCGCGGUCGAGCGCGCUCGGGAGCGCCACUACCGCGAGCACCGCGCACCCGGCUCAGGCGAGGAGGAUGCGCGUUUUGCGUUCCCCAUCCGCUUCCCGCCAGGGUUUAAGAUCGGCAAGUACUUCCGGAUUGCUGUCUGGAAAUGGCAGCGCCUCCCCUACGCGUCACCCUACGCGGACGUCUCGGGACAUGACCUGCGCUCACUUGAGGCUCAACGCCGCAUGGAGAAACGAGCGGUCGCUGCCGUCCAUGAGCUGCUCUCGCUCACUGUCGAGAAGCGCACUACACUGGAGCGCCUUGCGCUGUUCCGGGAGGCACUCGGUGUGCCCAAGAAGAUCAAGGAGUUCUUGCUCAAGUAUCAGGGCAUAUUUUACAUAUCCACCAGGGGAAAUCAGGGGAAGCUGCAUACAGUGUUCCUUAGGGAGGCGUAUUACAAGGGGGAGCUUCUUGAGCCAAAUGAGAUACACGAGGCAAGAAGGAAGCUGGAGGAGCUGCUCAUGAUCAGCCCACAGAAGGCGAAUUUAGACCGGAUGUUCACCAGCAUGGGUCGUGGAUGGGAUGAGCUUGGUGGUGGUCGCCGUGGUGGAGCUGUAUUGAGGGACGAGUUUCUUGGGAAUGGAGGUGGCCAGAAAAAGCAUGCUGAUACUCAUGGUGCUGAUAGUGGGGAGGACUCGAGUGUUGAAUCACUCUACAUUGAUUGAGGAAUAGAAACUUAUGGUGGCAUUGGGCAUCGACUUGGAAGGGAACAGUCACUGCCCCCAUUUGGGGCAAGGUUAACUUCAUGUAUUGGUAACAUCACUCUACAUCUGAUUGGAAGUCUCCAAAAGGAGCAGAGUCUAAGGUGAAAACUGAUGGCACCUUGAACUGGGGGGAAGUGAAAACCCUAUGAUGGUUGGAUGGCUCCUCCCCUUGCACUCCAUCAUGUGAAGCAUGCGAAGACAGAUUUCAGGGGCAGGAGAACACCUUUCAGAACUCAGAGCUUUUGCUUCUAAGCUUGAUUGGUUAAGUGCUGUCAGUACUCUAGCACAUGGAGUGGAUCUCUAUCUUCGUUUGGCCCACUGAAAACCGGUGUACAUUUAGAAAUUAACAUUAGCUAUGUGAUUGUUGUCUUGAUUCUUCCUUGCACUAUGUAUGCAAACCAUUAAAAUGUUGUGGGUAAUAACACCAAUAGGGAUGUGCUUAUCUGAAUCCACUCAUUAUGAACAGAGUGAAUAAACUAUUGGAAAGGGAAACAAACACAGUAUAGUGUUUAGGCAUCGCCAUUCAGUUGAUUUGUAUGUCCAAAGCCCAUUGGAAUAUCUGUUUACUGAGCAAGUCUAACCUGAUUGUGAGGUUCAGUAGAAGAAAGGUUCAGCUCUUGGCUGCUAAUAGCCUAAUAGUUCAUCAGCUAAAUGAUGAGCAGUGGCUGAGGGAUAUUGUCUUGUCCAUCUAUCAGGCUCAAACUUCGUUAUGCAAAACUGCAGAAGAUUGAAAUGCACAGAACAGGCCACGUUGCGCAUGAUCCAGAUGACACAUCAAGGCUCUGAUCUGGGAGGCAGGGAGGGAUCAGGAAGCUGACGCGGAUGCCCCAUACCCGUACAGUUUGCGCUGAGGUCAAGGAGGCCAUGGUUGGAGGAUCUCGAGCUCCAGAAAUUUUUAAACAGCAAACCAGUGGACUUUGGUGUUGCCAGCGUCAAUCAAACCUGAUGUAACUUGUGCUGAAUCUUCUUGUUCGCCUGUGAAGAAAUGGAACCCAGAACAAGCUGCUGGUCCAUAGCUGCAUGACUUUUCCAAACCGGCCGUACCAGGCAGUGAGUGAAUAAUCCUCGUGCCCACGGCCGUCAGAUCGAGCAGUCUGCUGCAGUUAUCCAUCGGAUUCCAGGCGUCCGAGUAGCGUGUUGGACUACUGCAACUGGUCAAGGGUGCAUUUGUAAUUGCAUUUGCUACCGCUGAUGCUGCGCGCGGUCCCGGUGCUUGUUGAUGUUUGCCUUCGUGGAUGAACACCUGCAGGGGAAACACAAAGGCAAACAUCCCUCUGCUCCGCACCUCGUGGCGUUGGAGGAGGCCGCCGCCUUCGCGAGGGUCCCUGGGCGCUGCUAUUGAGCGGCCGUUUCUCAGCGGCGCAUUUGCUCUGUCGAAGGAGAAAAUGAAUUUUUUUAUAACAAACUAAAGCAGAUCCGCACUGUAUAUGGGAUACUCCCCUAUACUUGAUUAUUUGUUGACAACUCCUUAUUUUUUCAGUAUUGUUGCCGCUAACAUAUGUAUAUAUCUCUGCAUACAUGUUCAGUGAUUGCACUGAGGCUUGGGAGAGCCUAUGGAAGGUGAUGGACGUGUUAGGAGCGUAAGAGGAAACUGAGCCUGUUCUUGAUCAUCUCAAGUUGGUCAAUAUGAUAAAAGCACAAAAGUUAAUCUGAAAUUAGAUGGUGACAAGAAUGUUGGGCGAAAGAACCGCAAUGCUGUAUCAAAGCUAUACAGCGAGGUUGAGCAGUAUGGUAAAAACACGAAAGAUAAGCUGAAAUUAGAUGGUGACAAGUCUGUUGGGAGAAAGGACUACCUUGCUGCAUCAAAGCUCUACGGCGAGCCCCCACCUCCACCAAGCCAUCGCCAUCACCAUCGCCCCCUAUACCAUGAACCCGGGAGGGCGAGCAGAGUCGAGGUACCAGCCUGCAGUCUGCACUAGGAAAGUAACAACUAUUCUGACAUUUGCCGUUGAGCUCUGCUGGUUGUGCAGAAGUUACUUUUUUCAAAGGGAUGUGCUCUUUAGCAUAAGAAAUUUUGAAUAUUUGAGAAGAAGAAAUAAGUUAGCAGGAGAGUGACAGAUUGCUGCAACUACUGAGCUCAUGAGGUGGUCGAAAGAUGAAGAGUGGCAAACCUGCACCCAGGCUUUGGACUUUGAAUGGAUGGAAAUGGCAUAGCCAGUGAUGAAUUUGUACACAGAAGCAACUGAUGGAUAAUCCAUUCAGACCAUGGAAAGUGCUUUGGUGUGGCACCAUCAGGAUGCUGACCCAGGCUUUGGAUCAUCACAGGCAAAGGAAUUGCUUGAUCACCUGGAAAGUGUACUAGCAAAUGAACCAGUCACUGCUAAAAGUGGCCAGUUCAUUGUUGAAGUCAAACCUCAGGGAGUAAACAAGGGAGUAGUUGCUGAGACGAUAUUUGCAUCUAUGGAGGGACGAAAGCAGGCUGAUUUCGUACUAUGUAUUGGUGAUGACAGGUCCGAUGAGGACAUGUUUGAAAACAUUGCUGAUAUCAUGAAGAGGAAUAUGGUUGCUCCAAGAAUACUGUUUGCGUGCACUGUGGGACAAAACCAAGCAAAGCCAAAUUCAAACUAGACGAUACAUUCGAAGUGGUCACCAUGCUGAGCGCACUGGCAGAUGCCACAGAACCUGAACUGGAGACUGAUUCGGCUGAUGAAUUGGCUGUAUCUAUUUCAUCUACGUGAAUUAUGAAUUUUGUUAUUUAUGUAAAUUUUAUUCCUUUUUAAAGUCGUAUUGGAUUUCGAUGUAGCUCUGUAGAGUUGAUAUAGAAUUAGUUUUAAACA